ACUUUUGGCAUGGACCUCAAAAAAGAGUUGUUGCUGAAGAACUAUAUAUGCAUGCUGUUCUGAAAAUUCUGUCAGAACACUAAAAAAUUCAGAGUUAUAGCUCAGAACUCGAUAAUUGAAGAAAGUUGGAUUAACUGCUUCUAUCACCACCAGAUUAUUCAUUUAAUUCUUGCAAGCUAACUUGAUAUAUUUCUGAUAAAACGUUUGUUCCUCUAAUACUUUGGAAAAACUUUGUUACACGAGGAAAUAGUUGGGACUGAAAAUGGAGAGAAAGCUUUAAAAACAUAACAAACUAGAAACCAGAGAUAAAGUUUGAACGAGGAAUCUGUUUUGACAAAGUUAGCUUUGUUUUGUAACCCCUUUUGUUCCAGAGAAAGAAAAUGCAAAGCCAUUUGGAGUCAAAGAAGAAAAUGGUGAAUAAGAGCUCAAAGGGUGUGGAAAGCAAUCUUCCGGAUCACGACAACCGACCAUCCUUCUCCAUGUUCAUCCUACAUAAGGGUGACGCUAGCCGUAGCCUGGAAAUUCCACCACAUUUUGUUAGAACCCAUCUACCAAAAAGAAUCCCCACUAGAGCAGUUCUGAGGGGUCCUUCCGGUGAUUAUUGGAAGAUUACUAUGUGCAAGCAGGACAGAAGCACAAUCAUGCAGCAUGGUUGGCAGCAGUUUUACCAAAAUCACUGCUUGGGGGACAAGGAUUUCUUGGUGCUCAGAUACAACGGCAAUAUGUGUUUUGAUGUACAAAUUUUUGAGAAAAGUGGAUGCGAGAGGAACUGUGUUUCAAUCACCCGGAUGCACCAAGACUCGACUGAAAAAAUUAAGGAAGAAGAAAUGGACGUUACUGAUAUGGUGAAGACCAAAUCACAAGUUCAAAUUGGAGGGAAGGCUAAGAAAAAAUCAGCAGAGGAAAAAGAUUUAGCCUCUUCCUCGAGGAAGCGGCCAGCAGGUAGAAAAAUUACAGCAAAGCUUUGUAAAGCGGCUAAAGAUUUCACCUCCAACUUCCCCCAUUUCAAGCAUUGCAUUACAAGGUGUAAUGUGGAUAUCCCAUUCCUACUGACCAUCCCCACAUCUUUUCUCAAUGCACAUCUUCCUCAAGCCAGAACAGAAUUCACCUUCUGGACUUCAAAAGAGAAAUCUUGGGAGGUGACUUUGCUAUACACUGACACCAACAAGGUUUUCUCCAAAGGUUGGCGAAGAUUUGCAGUUGAUAACAAGCUGGAGAUGGAUGACAGUUGUGUCUUUGAACUUGUGGCACCUCGAGAAAUGAGAGUCCAUAUUUUUCCCACUGAGAGAGAAAACUGCAGUCAACUGUUUGUACAAGUUUGAUCAACCUCUGACUGAUUGGUCUUACUCUACCCUCUUUACUUCGCAUGACUUUUAACCUAUAUGACUUGGAAUUGUUAACUUCAAAUUGUGGAACGUACGUCCAAGAACCAUCUCUUCCAUGCAUGAUUGCAGCUUUGCAACUGUCAAAUAUCUUUUACCGUUUUGCCUCCCUUGUUUCAACAAUUUAACAACUUUAAUAUACUAGUUUGUUUUAAUUGCCCUAUAUCAAGAUCAUUAUUAUGAAUAAAAAGCAAAUAUUCC